AGGCGAUUUAGCAAAAACCCAUUCAAAAAACCCAUAGACUUUAGGGCGAGGGAACCGGAAGUGCUAAAAUGCUAACUCACUUCCGCGUUUUGGCCUACAAAGUGACGUCAUAACUUCGGCACUCUAUUUAGCGAACGUAAGACUUUCUCUUAUCGCGAGAGUUUGGAGCUCUGCCUCCGCGAGAUCUCCGCGGCCAGUUAUCCUCAGUCUCUCAGGCAGAGUUCCGUCUUCAGCCCCGCAUUGACCCGACGCUGCCAAAGCGAAAGAAGUCAACGUGCCGCCUGCAACCAGGCCGGACCCGCAGUCCACAGCGCUCCCCUAGAGCAACGCCUUCUCAUCCCGACAGUAAUACUAGCGAGGAAAUCACCGCAGAAUGGCGCUGGACUUUGCUGACUCACAGUACCUCCUCAUCCUGGCACCGUCACUGGUCAUUGCUCUCAUGUUCCUUUUUUUCUGGCUCUUUAUGAAAGAGACUUCCUAUGACAAGGUUUUGGCCCGCCAGAAACGAGAUCUUAAACUGCCGCCAGCUAAGCCCGAUGCACGUAAAAAGAAUGAGAAAAAGAAGAACAAGAAGAAGGAGACUGGUGGAGGUGGCGGCGGAGGCGGAGAGUCAGAGGAAGAUCUAAAGGAUUUCGAUACAUCUGAUGCCACUAGCCCGGUCUCAAAUGAUGAAGAUUCUGAGGCGGUACCGGUGACUCCACCUGUUGCUGUUCCGGUCCAGACGGAGCCUCCGUCUGGAGUAAGAGAGAGAAAAAAGAAAGAGAAGAAGCCAAAAACUGGACCAACUGUUACCCCUCCUGCCAGAAUCACUCCACCUACUCCUGUUGAACCGGAAGUCAAUGGCUCCAAACCUGCUGUCCGUAAAGAGCAAACCCUCCCCCUUACUAAGCAGUCCAGCCCACCGCUGCCUCAAGCCACACCCCCUGCCCCCACUGAGACUACCAGCAAAAAGAAGGCCAAGAAGCAAAAGAUUGAGUCCGAGCGUCCACCUGAGAUCCAGCCUGAUCCAUCUCCUCCUGUGGUGAAGGAGGAGCCUGUGAUUAUUGAGUUAAAAGCACAGGAUGGAGCCGCUCCUGUUACCAUCGCAGCACAACCAACCAUCUCUAGCGGCAGCGGGCGGAGGAAGAAAAAGCAGAAGGUGGAACCUGCUGUCACAGUGGAUGAGGUGCAUGUCCAGUCCUCAACCCCUGUCACUCAGACUGAUGCCGCUCCAACCAACUACCAGAACAACCAAAACAAUGAGGCCCCAUCUCCUGCUCCUGCUCCUCCCACCAAACACAGCAAGAAACAGAAGAGUGAAACCAGCAAAGAGAACUCCGAGGUAAAGCUAAAGGAGCUGUUGGCCAGUUUGAGUGGUCUGGUGCUGUCAGACUCUGAUGUGGUCAGUCUGGUCUCAGUGCUCCGAGACAAGAGUCCCAACACACUGGACACCUGGUAUAAGUCUGCAGCUAAGUUUGAGCCCUCUGCUCAGCAGCUAGCAGAGAAAGAUCGUCUACUGGGCACGCUACAAGAGGAGGCAUCCAUUGCCAAGGGCAAAGUUAAACAGCUAAGCCAGGAACUGCAGGCUGAAAAGCAGAAGACAGGCCGUGUGGAGUCUCUGCUGCAUGAACAGCGUGUCGCCAGAGAGAAAGACAUCAUGCAGGCUAAAGCUCAGAGCUAUCAGGAGAUGCAGAUUAAGUUCCAGCAGUUAAGAGAACAGCUGGAGGGUCAGAUCGCUCGACUACAGCAGGAGAAUGGCAUCCUGAGAGAUGCUGUGGAGAGAUGCUCCACCACCAACCAGAUGGAGACCAAGCAGUCAUCUGAGCUGAAUAAACUGCGUUCUGAAUGCAACGGUCUGAUGAAAGAGCUGACAGACACCAAAAACAAGCUGCAGCAGGAAGAGUUGCAGCGGAAGAGUCUUGAAGUCAACUAUAAGCAGAAUGUUUCCCAGCUGGAGGAUGCCAAACAUCGUUGGGAAGAGCUGCAGAACUUUUUGCACAGUGUGAACACAGAGAGAGAAAAGCUUCAGGGUGCUAAACAAGAGCUGCAGAGUCAGCUGAUGGUGGUAGAAACUGAGAUCACCACUAAAAACAAGGAGAUCCAGAACCUGCACAGCAACCUGACGGACACGCUCAUCUGUAAAGAGCAGGAGCAGCAGAAGGCCAUGCAGCUGGAGCAGAAGGUUCUUCAGCUGAUAGAAGCAUCACAGCACACCAUGAAACCCGAUGACCAAUUACAGGAGCAAGUCAAGGAUCUUCUUAGCGAGAACAAAACGCUGAAAGUUCAGAUUGAGAAUCUUCAGCAUCAGCUCAGCACUCAGGCUACGACAGUAUCACAUUUUGAUGAGCUCCAAAAACUGCUGGCUGAGAAAGAGCAACAGCGAAAGAGCCUAGAAGAUUCUCUUAAUGCAGAGAGGAGCAGCGGGGCUAGCAGAGAGACCAACAUGCAGUCCAUGCACAAAGAUAAUCUGGCAUUAAAGGCAGACCUCCAGAAUAUGCAGGCACAGAUUUCUGAGAAGGCCAUAUCAGUGGAUCAACUUCACCAGAGUCUUCAGCAGCGUGAUGAGAAGGUUAAGACAGUGGAGAACCUGCUGGAGUCCAGCCUCAUUCAGAUGGCCAACAAGGAAGAGGAACUGAAGGGGAUCAGAAAAGAGAAUGAAGGGUUGAAAGAGCAACUGGAGGCAGUACAGAAACUGACUGCAGAACAGACGAUGACAGGAACAACAGUAGAAGAGCUAAAGCAGAUGAUUCAGGAGAAGGAUGAAAAAAUCAGAUCAGUUGAGGGGAGUUUGCAAUCAGAACUGGACAAAGAAUCAGAAAGACGCAAGGCAGUGAAGGAUCUAGAACAUCAGGUAGAGGCUCUUAACACUGAGCUGGUCCAGAUAAAGAGAAAAGAAAAUCAGGAGUUAAACUCCGACAUGAGUGCAAAACUCCAGGAGCUUCAGGCUCAGUUAAUGGUAAAGGACCAGGAUGUUCAGAGACUUCAGAGAGAACUGGAGAAGGGAAUGCAACAGCUGCAGCAAACUGUUUCAGCAGCACCCAGCCAAGAAUUAUUGACAGCACUUGCGGAGAAGGACAAGCGUCUAUCUGAACGUCAGGCAGAGCUGAUUGAGUUGAGGGAAUCGGUAGAGCUUCAUCGCAAGAAGAACAAUGAGCUACGGGAGAAAAACUGGAGCGCUAUGGAGGCGCUGUCAGCCACUGAGGCCAUACUGCAGGGAAAACUCACCAAGAGCGCCAAGGAGCAUCAGAUGGCGCUGCAGUCUGCUGAGGCUGAAUGUCGAGCGCUGCUGCACAGACUCCUACCCCAUGUGCCAGUGCCCACUGACCAGAACCACCAGCAGUGGCUGCAGAAGUUUGAGACAUCCAUAAGAGAGUGUUCAGCUGGAGAAUAUGCUGUUGCUACAGAGAUGACCUCUGCCCCUGCAUCAGGGACUGGAGAUGCCCAGGUUUUAGUGGAGAAGUUAAAGAAAGCUGAAGAGGCCCAUAAAGUUCUACAAAAAGAUUGUGAGACGUACAAGAAAGUGCUAGCAGAGACUGAAGGGAUACUUCAGCGGCUGCAGAGCAGUGUUGAGCAGGAGGAGACACGCUGGAGGGAGAAGUUGGAGCAGUCACAGGCUGAUCUUAAAGAGAUGACUCAUAGGGUAAUUGUACUGGAACAGGAAGUGGACCGACUCUGUUCAGAUGGAGAUCUGGAGAGUCUAAGGAGAGACAAACAGCACCUUGAGGCUGAACUGGAGAGAGCAGAGCAUGAGAGCGCCACCUACGUGUCUGAAGUCAGAGAGCUCAAAGAUCUUUUGACUGAGUUGCAAAGCAAACUCGACGGCUCAUACACAGAGGCCGUCAGGCAGAAUGAGGAGCUGAAUUUGCUCAAGACGCAGCUGACUGAGACAUUGAGUAAACUUGAGAAAGAAGAGAGUGAGAGACAGACAGUGGCUGGAGACCUCUACAAGGCCCAGCAAUCUUUAGAGUUGAUACAGGCAGAAAUCAUUAAAGAAGCAGGCCAGACUGGCCUGAUAGAGACCACAAGCCUCACACAAACGGAGGAUAUUGACCGUAAGGAGAAGAUGAAGGCAGGCUUGAAUCAGACAGUACAGGAACUACAGGAACUACUUCGGUCUGUCAACAGACAGCUUACCAAGGGACAUGAAAGGGAGGAUGAGGAUAAAUUAAACUCUAAUUAUAAACUCUAGUUAAACAGAGGAAAACUUCAGUUUUCACAUCAACAUACACAUCAACAUACCACAAUAACCCACCAUCAGAUUCCAGCCCUGUUUGUUCCAGACUGAACGUGUUGAUCUCCAGUUGAACCAAACCUUACACACUCCAACCUGGUGACCAGUUCACUUAGAAGGGCACUGACUGGACCUUGACCACAUACACUCAGUGAAACGGACCUGUGUCUACUCCUCUACCGUGGCAUUCCUCAUAUUUAGUAGACUUGUACAAGAGCAAAAGCAUCUGAUAGCCAAGACGGUUAGACUCGUUGACGUUUAAUUCAUUUGACCCUUUUUCAGGCAGACAACUUUGAAUACUACUUUUUGUUAGUUCUCUUUGACCAGAGAGGUUUUUAUCCUUUCCUAUAAAGAACAUUGAGAAUAUUUGUGUUUUAAUGAUAAAAUUACUGUUAGGGUCUACUGACACUCACUAUGUUGUGUUCGCAGCUCAUGUCUUGAAACUCAAAGGCACAUCCAAGAGACUCCUGUUAAACAAAUCAAUCUUUUUUUCCCACAUUCAGAAAUUAUAAUUAUACUGAGUUUAGGAUUUGUUUCCCAGGGGCCCAUUUUGAAAUGGGACAUGCGGUAUCAGUGGUGACAGACGGUUGAAUCUGUGAUGAACGCAACCGCAAAGUGUGAUCACUGGGCAAUGGAUUCAAAGAGGCAUUUAGCUUAUCUGUAAUCAACUAAAUCUACUGUUGCUAAUUUCAUUAACUAUAAAGAUUUCAUUUUUUGUAAAACAGGUGACCUGUAAUAAAAGGGAUGCUUGAUUUAAAAAAAAAAGAAAAUGCAGCAUGGCCUCCAAUUUGUGUUUUCUAUUAUAGUGCAAUUGUGCUGUAUCUUGAAAUUGUAAUGCUUGUUUAAAAUGUAUUUAUUAUCAUAUAUAUAUAUAAACUCGGCAAAAAAGAA